AUGUCUGCCUCUACGCCAAAGUCCAAGCCGACAGUACCCGUCGCGCUUUCAUUCGAGGCCAUCGACGACCUGAUCUACGAUGCCCGUGCUGGUGAUCUGGAGGCUCUGAACGCCGACAUUGCCACUCUAGCCUCGCAGCACAACUGCCCAGAGUCGCACAUCGUCGCCUCCGCCAUUGACAUGGAGGAGGAAGGCGAAGGCGGGACUGGCUCCUGCGUGCUGCACUUCCCUGCCGCGAAUGGAAAUAGCGAAAUCCUCAACACUCUCCUCCAAAAACUCUCCACGCUGGACGCGGCCCAGCGCACGGCAUUCGUCAACCACUGUAAUCACUCCGGCAACACGCCCCUGCACUGGGCUGCCCUGAACACGCACCUAGAGUGUGUCAAGGGCCUUGUCGAGGCUGGCGCAGAUGUUGCUCUUAAGAACGACGCUGGCCACGACGCAAUGUUCCUUGCUGAGCGUGCGGCUUGGUCUGCUGCCGCUGAGGAAGAGGGUGAGGCUGAUGAGAAUGCGGAGGAGCCGCAGGAGAUUGAGAUGACUAUUGGCGAGGAGGAGGGUGAGCAGAAGGCUGAUGUUGGGGAGAUGUCUGCUGGCAGACAGGUUGUGGAGUGGUUGUUGAGUUCGGAGAAGGCGUUGGAGAGUAGUGCUACCGACGGAGAGAAGUCGGCGUGA